UCCAAGAAACAAACAAACAAAAAAAUUCUCGUUUGAAUCAUUCUUUUGGAAACAAAACGAAAAAAAAACAACGCUGAACUUGAAUAUUUUAUUCCAUGAAUCCAAAUCAUUACAUGUGUGGCUAAAUCAUCAUCAUUCGUGGUUUUUAUUAUUUUCUUGUUUCUUGAAACACGGCUGUUUUCAGUUUUUUUUUUUACCAAAAAAAAAAUUCUGAUCAAUAAUUAUGGAUUGGCAACCUGAACAACAAGGUCUUGAUCAAAUUCUACAGCUAUUACGGCAAUCACAAUCACCGGAUAUUCAAACACAGAAUCAUGUACAACAACGUUUGGAAGAAUUGAAUAAUUUUCCAAAUUUUAGUAAUUAUCUUGUUUUUGUUCUAUCCAAAAUGACUAAUGAAGAUGAACCAACACGUUCAUUAAGUGGUCUAAUAUUAAAAAAUAAUAUUAAAGCAAGAUAUCGCCAAUUACCACGUGAAGUUAUUAAUUAUGUUAAAUUUGAAGCAUUAACCUGUAUGGGUGAUCCAUCAUCAUUGAUACGUGCUACAGUUGGCAUUCUAAUAUCAACAUUAAUGCAAGAAGGUGAACUACAACAAUGGCCAGAAUUAUUCGAUAUUCUAUUGAAUAAAUUGGAUUCAGAAAAUUAUUACGAAUGUGAAGGUGCUUUUAGCAUACUACAUAAAAUUAUUGAAGAUAAUGCUGAAGCAUUGGAUAAUGAAAAUUUUUGCCGACAAUUGAAUCUAUUGAUACCGAAAUUUUUUCAAUUUUUUACUAAUCCAAAUUCAAAAAUUCGUUCUUAUGCAUUGGCAUGUGUGAAUAAUUUCAUUCUAAAUCGAACACAAAUAAUGAUGCCCUAUGUUGAUAUAUUUAUCGAGGGUUUAUUCAAACUUGCUGCCGAUAAUGAUCGUCAAGUACGACAAAAUGUUUGUAAAUCAUUCGUUACAUUAGUGGAAAUCCGUAUGGAUCGUUUGAUACCACAAAUCCAUAAUAUAAUCGAGUUUAUGUUAAUGAGCACACAAGAUCAAGAUAUAAAUGUUGCAUUAGAUGCUUGUGAAUUUUGGCUUACAUUAGCUGAACAACCAAUUUGUAAAGAAGUACUUGCACCACAUCUUCCACGAUUAUUACCAACAUUGAUGCAAAAGAUGAAAUAUUCAGAUUUGGAUAUUAUUCUUUUAAAAGGUGAUGUUGAAGAAGAUGAAAUGAUACCGGAUAAAGAAGAAGAUAUUAGGCCACGUUUCUAUAGUGGUCGUACACAUGCACAACCAAGAAUGGAUGAUAGUGAAAAUCAUCGCCAUGAUGAUGAUGAUUCUGAUGACGAUGAUGAUGAUUUUGAUUUACAUAAAGGAAAUAGUGAUUGGAAUCUACGAAAAUGUUCGGCAGCUGCAUUAGAUUUUUUAGCUAAUGUUUUUCAUGAUGAUCUAUUACCGGUUGUUUUACCAAUUUUACGUGAAACAUUAUUCCAUCAGGAUUGGGUGACGAAAGAAGCAGCUGUUCUAGCAUUAGGGGCAAUCGCAGAAGGAUGUAUGUUUGGCAUUGUACAACAUCUAAAUGACCUCAUACCAUAUCUAGUAUCGUGUUUAUCGGAUAAAAAAGCUUUGGUCAGAUCAAUCACAUGUUGGACAUUAAGUCGAUACUCACAUUGGGUUGUACAGAAUCCCGAAAACUAUCUAAAACCAUUAAUAAUGGAGCUUUUGAAACGAAUCUUAGAUCCAAACAAACGUGUACAAGAAGCAGCAUGUAGUGCUUUUGCAACAUUGGAAGAAGAAGCCGGUACGGAUCUAAUUCCUUAUUUAGAAUUCAUUCUAAAAACCCUAGUCAGCGCAUUCGGAAAAUAUCAGCACAAAAAUCUUUUAAUUUUAUAUGACGCUAUUGGUACGCUUGCCGAUUCUGUUGGCCAUCAUUUGAAUAAACCAGAAUAUAUUGAAUUGUUAAUGCCACCAUUGAUUCAUAAAUGGAAUUCAUUGAGAGAUGAUGAUAAAGAUCUAUUUCCUUUGUUAGAAUGUUUUUCUAGCGUUGCAACUGCCUUACAAACAGGAUUCUUACCAUAUUGUGAACCAGUGUUUCAUCGUUGCCUUUCUUUGGUUGAGCAAACGUUAAAAUUUAAUGCGAUAUUUCAAGAGAAUCAAGAACAAUAUGAUCCACCAAAUAAAGAUUUUUUAAUUGUUGCACUUGAUUUGCUUAGCGGUCUUGCCGAAGGAUUAGGUGAACACAUGAUUCCAUUGAUUGAACAAACCAAUACCAUGAGAUUAUUGUAUGAAUGUAUCAAAGAUCCAACACCAGAAGUACGACAAAGUUCAUUCGCUUUACUCGGAGAAUUGACCAGAGCAUGUUUUGUGUUUGUUGAACCAUGUGUUCGUGAUUUUAUGCCUAUAUUGGCACAAAAUUUAAAUCCUGAAAACAUUUCUGUUUGUAAUAAUGCAACAUGGGCUAUCGGUGAAAUAUCAAUUAAAUAUAAACAAUCAAUGCAAGAAUAUGUACCGAUAUUAUUGCCCCAAUUGAUCAUUAAUUUGAAUCAAACAGAUUCACCGAAAACAUUGCUGGAAAAUACUGGUAAUUUAUCUUUUGUUUUAGUAUUUAAUUCGAAAUUUAAUUUCCAUCAAUUUUGUUUUCCAGCUAUCACUAUUGGAAGAUUGGGAUUUGUAAGUACACAAUUUCAUACCCAACAACAAAUCUCUCCAUUUCUACAGCAAUUUAUUCGUGCAUGGUGUUUAUCAAUGCGUAACAUUUGUGAUAAUGAGGCAAAAGAUUCAGCAUUCCGUGGUAUUUGUUCAAUGAUUAGCGAAAAUCCAAAUGGUGUGCUACAGGAUUUUAUUUAUUUUUGUGAUGCUGUUGCAUCUUGGAAUAAUCCGGAACCAGAUUUGAAGAACAUGUUUUUAGAGAUUUUGCAUGGUUUCAAAAAUCAAGUUGGCGAAGAAAAUUGGCGACAAUUUUCUGAAAAUUUUCCACCCAAUCUAAAAGAAAGACUUGCCACUCAAUAUGGUGUAUGAUGAAAAUUUCUAACCAUCAAUAAUUCAAGAGAAAAUAGAAAAAAAAAUCAAAUAUGUGAAGGUGGUCUUUAUAUAUCCGAUAAUAAUAAUUAGUUAUAUUGAAA